UGUCAACAUGUCAACGUCAACAAACUAACCUCACAAUAUAAAAACCGAUCUCGUUAUUGUAAAAAUUCACUGAAGCAUAAAAUACAUAAAAAUGGACACCGAGAAAGUAACAAUGUUACGUUACAGAGGUUCAAAAUUAAGCAAAAUUAAAAAAAUUGACAUCUUUCCGAAAAUCGAGGAAACGUUUAAAGAAAAGUCUUCAGUGGGUGGAACAUUUUCAGUAUUCAGCUUUAUUCUAAUUACGUGGCUAGUUUUUUUGGAGAUAAAUUACUACCUUGACAGCAAAUUUAUAUUCAAGUUUUCACCCGAUACAGACUUUGAUGCCAAACUAAAAAUUAACGUAGAUAUUACUGUAGCAAUGCCCUGCUCGAAUCUAGGUGCUGAUAUAUUAGACUCGACAAAUCAAAAUGCAUACAAAUUUGGCUCUUUAGAUGAGGAAGAUACGUGGUUUGAAAUGGCACCAAACCAACAAAUACAUUUUCAUAACAAAAAACAAUUCAAUUCGUACGUUAGAGAAGAAUACCAUGCACUGAAGGAUGUGCUAUGGAAAAGCAGGUUUUCAACAAUGUUCCGACAUAGGCCUGAACGCAGUACCUACCCAAACAGGCCACAUGACGCUUGCCGCAUCCAUGGAUCUCUAAUUUUAAAUAAAGUAUCAGGGAAUUUCCAUAUAACUGCCGGCAAAAGUUUAAAUCUUCCCAGAGGCCACAUCCAUAUCAGUGCAUUUAUGAGUGAAAGAGACUAUAAUUUUAGUCACAGAAUUGAUACAUUUAGUUUUGGCGACUCCAGUCCUGGGAUUAUUCAUCCAUUAGAGGGAGAUGAACUAAUAACACACAAUGGAAUGACACUGUUUAACUAUUUCAUUGAAGUUGUUCCCACAAAUGUGAAGACAUUCCUAGCUAACGUAAAUACCUACCAAUACAGUGUAAAAGAAUUAAACAGACCAAUUGACCACGACAAAGGCAGUCAUGGAAUGCCUGGGAUAUUUUUUAAGUACGACAUGUCUGCCCUUAAAGUGACUGUGAGUCAGGAGAGAGACCACUUAGGAAUGUUUUUAGCAAGGCUGUGUUCGAUUAUUGGGGGAAUUUUUGUCUGUUCAGGUUUUGUGAACAGUUUCGUACAAUUCUGUUACAACUUUUUAAUGUGCAACUGGUUUCCGAAUUCAAAUGAGAAAAAAGAACUGCACAAGAAUAUUUAUAAAUCAGUACCAGAUGUCGUACCUGUUAAUUUGUGAUAAAAUGUAUUAUGCUAUAAAUAAAUUACGGUGAAUUUUAUAAA